AUGGGGAGUUGUUUGAGUAAGAAGAGCACUUGUUCUUCUUCUCCUCCUCUUGCACUUGUGAAACAAAAUCAAGAAACCUUGGUAGAAAAGAAGAAAGUAGAUGGACAGAUAGUGAGAAGAGAAAUCUUUGUUAUCAAACACAGGAUAAGUCAUGAAGAAGGAUCUACUGAAUCUUGUGCACCAUCGAGGAGGACUUCAAGUUGUACCAAAGAUGAAGUUGAUACUAUUUUGAUACAAUGUGGGAAGCUUAGCAGAAGCUCAUCUCCCAACAGAGGUCUUCCUGGUGAAGCUUCUCAUAAUACUAAUAAUAGAAGUAGAAAGUAUUCUAUUUCCAAGAAAAGUUGGGAUUUUGACUAUGAAAACAGAAGUGAUGGCAGCAGAAGGGUGAGUAGAUCUCCUGUUAGAAGAUCUGAAUCACCAAUUAAAUCUCCCAGUUGUGCUAAUUUGGCUUCUAGUGAUGCAAAUGGAAUUAGUGUUAGACCAGGAAAGAUGGUGUCUGUGCCUGCUACAGUUUCAUCUCUUAUGAUGGAUAAGAAUGCUGACCUGAUUUCUACAGCUUCUAUUCAAAGGAUUCAAGUGAAGAGAAAUGUGGGUGCUGCAUCUCCUCGUGCUCGGUCCCGGUCGGGCUCCCCAGCAAAGGUGAAUUUCCAACAGCAGCCCUUGUACCUUAGCCGCAGCAAUUCCAGGAAAAAAGAAGAUUCUCCUUUCAGAAGAAAUCCUUCAAGUGAGACUGAUACCCCUGUGGUCACUGAACCAAUGCCCUUCUAUAUCCAGAAACUGAAUGCAGAAAAUAUAAACAAUGGCAAAGUUGCUUUGCAAGGAACUGAGGAAAACCUCGGCAUCAGCAAAGCAGCUCCAGAUUAUGGCCUUACAAAUGUUUAUGCCAAAUUCAAGAAGCAGCAGCUGGCACAGGAAGCUAAAGCAUUGAGAACAGUUUCAGGGAAUGCUGCAGUGGAUAUGGUUGCUUCAGGAUUCGAAACCUUAGUGCCCGAGGUAAUAAGAAGAAGCAGGUCACCGAGGCUAUCCCGGGAAAUAGAAAUUAAUCAUAGGGUUCAGUCAAAUCCUACUCAAUCAUAUACUGAGUUAUUGCUUGAGGACAUCCAAAACUUUCAUCAAAAGAGCAGAAACCCUUCAUUUUCACUUCCAUCUGGUGCAGUUCCUGACUUCAACUCAACUACUAGUUCCAAUCUAUCCAGUGCUUUCUCUGAAGACAGAAGAAGCAACCGCACAGUCGAGCGUAUUAACAAGAAUACCAGUGCUUGUUUGGCAACCAAUCCUCAGAGUAAAAACAGGUUAGGAAUAAAGAACCCAUAUGCAGAGUCUGAGGUUGCCUUUAGUGAUGACUCAAUGGAGCCUUCCAGAAUACAGAAGUAUGCAACCUUUGGAAGGGGAACUGAUGGAGGUUCUAUGGAAGAACUAGAAUCCUCAGAAAGCAAUAGUUUUGUUUGUUAUCAACGAUGUAGGUUUUCCUCAUCCUCACAAGAACCAAAUUCAGCUGAUUCAACCGAUUCCUGGACUCCAAAAUCUUACAGUAGGCUGUAUAUGAAUCCAUUAGCCUUUCAAAAGUGUACAGUAUCUGAUCAUGUUCCUGAUAUGGAUGAAGGUAAAAGUAGAAUGACUGCAAAUAAGAGUGAUUCUGACAACCAGCAACAUGGAAUAGUUCACAACAGCAGUGAACCUAGAGGACUUCACAUAACACCUGUGGCAGCAACAGCUGCUUUAACUAAUUAAAUAUAUGCAGUUUGUUCGACAAUUGAUAUGCUGCUGUUUUGGUUGCCCACUAAGCAACCUUUUCAUAUCAGUGUUUACAGAAUCUUUUAGUUAAGUAGCUGUGUUGCAAAUAAUCUUUUAAGUUUUCUGACAGACAUAUGGUGGCUAAUUAUGGAAUUUUGCAUUUAUACA